GAAGUUAGAAAGAUGUUAAUCCACUCAGUCUGAGCAGAGAUAUUGCAACACCAACACCUAAGGAAAACAUGGGCCUGUUGGCCAUUCUUCGGAGGCUGAAGCAGUCUCCAGAACAGGAGGUGCGCUUGCUGUUGCUUGGCUUGGACAAUGCUGGCAAGACCACUCUGCUGAAACAGCUGGCAGCAGAAGAUAUCAGCCACAUCACCCCCACACAAGGCUUCAAUAUAAAGAGCGUUCAAUCAUCUGGCUUUAAGCUGAAUGUUUGGGACAUAGGAGGUCAGCGCAAGAUUCGCCCCUACUGGAGGAAUUAUUUUGAGAACACAGAUGUACUGAUCUAUGUGAUUGACAGCUCAGACAGGAAGAGGUUUGAAGAGACAAGCCUGGAGCUGGCUGAGUUACUUGAGGAGGAAAAGCUCGCUGCUGUGCCACUGCUAAUCUUUGCCAACAAGCAGGACCUGAUGACAGCCACCCCGGCGUCUGAGCUGGCAGAAGGUCUCAAUCUGCACACUAUCCGAGAUCGCAUGUGGCAGGUCCAGGCCUGCUCAGCAGUCACUGCUGAGGGAGUGCAGGAUGGCAUGACCUGGGUCUGCAGAAAUAUAACGCUUCGGAAGAAAUAAGUUGGGAGGCACAAAAUCUGUGAAGAAUUGCAUUUGCACUUUACAUUUAACCUAUGCAGUCAUUUUCUGUCCAGGACAAGAAUGCAUUAUUUGUUUAUUUUAUGCAACUAUACAUUUUUUCAAUCUUAUACUUGGCAGUAUAAAACUAAAUAGAAGUUGUUCAUAUACUAACUUCUUGACCCUGUAAAUGCAUAUCUUGAAAUGUAUAUAUUGUAUAUAUUAGAGUGUUGUAUUCAAACAGCUGGUUCUGCACAAUUUUUUUGUAAUAUGGUAAUUUUGUUGCAAGGGGAUGUAGGCAC